CGCGGGCAGGCGGGGGCUGAUAAAAGCUUGCAGCUGGCCCUCUUACGCACUCACUGGCCCGACAGAACCGCCAGCACCACCAUGAAGGACGAGGUGGCUCUUCUGGCCACUGUCACCCUCCUGGGAGUCCUGCUGCAAGCCUACUUCUCCCUGCAGGUGAUCUCGGCGCGCAGGACCUUCCGCGUGUCGCCACCGCUGACCACCGGCCCACCGGAGUUCGAGCGCAUAUACCGAGCCCAAGUGAACUGCAGCGAGUACUUCCCGCUGUUCCUCGCCAUGCUCUGGGUGGCGGGCAUCUUCUUCCAUGAAGGUGCCGCGGCGCUGUGCGGUCUAGCCUACCUGUACGCGCGCCUCCGCUACUUUCAGGGCUACGCACGCUCCUCGCAGCAAAGGCUGGCCCCGCUGUACUCGAGCGCCCGCGCGCUCUGGCUGCUGGUGGCGCUGUCGGCGCUCGGUCUGCUCGCCCACUUCCUCCCGACCUCGCUGCGCACCGCGCUCCUGGACCGCCUCGGGACACUGCUGCCCCGCACCUGAGGCCGAGGACCGCGGGUCUGCGGGGCUGGAGAGGAGCCGGGCCGCCUGGAGGACGGCGGUGGAUGCUCGCCCUUAUCCCAGGCUCUAAUUAAAGUGCUCGUAACCUUGUGACCAGACCCCCAAGGCUCUCUGA